AAAUACACAAACAAACAAGUAUUAGCUGGUGCCUUCUGUUGUCCUCAAACCCAUGGCCCUUGCGAGCAAAUCAAUGCGUAGAACCAUAGUAAAAAAUGGCAAGAGUGAACUUGUCCAAAAAAUGCAUUCAAUCAGAGCAAUGCCAUUCAAAUUUUGAUUAUCAUCUUACGAGGACUCCGAUGUACCCGACAACAGGGAACCGACACAGGUCAAGUCAAUUGCUGCCAAAGUCUUCAAACACAGAGAAGACUUUAUCCUUAAAAGCAACCAGCGGUUGAGAGAUUCCUAGUGGAAAAAUGAAGAACUCUCAAACCAUGAUGGAAGAGAAGCAGCUAGGGUUCUUCGACUUGCUCAAAGAAUCCCUCAAAACCCCCUUCAGAAAUCCCAAUCUCAUCAUCUUUGCCUUCUUCUCCUCUCUCCCUUUGUUCUCCUUUUUGAUCAUGUACGAGACCGUCUUCCAGCAAACCAUGAUCAAAACAUUGAAGGAUAUUUUAAAGGAAAGAACAUCUCAUUUUGACGUUUUCGAUUAUUACGAUGCAAUACCAGGAGCUACAGAGAGGUUGAUUGAAGGAAUUUCUAGUGAGUUUUUUCUACUUUGUCUCAUAUAUUUAGGGAUACUCUAUUUGCUAGACCUCUUCAGCAUGAUUGCUAUAGUAGACAUAGCUUCAAUGAUUUACAAAGGAGAUCAGAAAGCCAUGAAUCUUAAGGACAUGUUAAGCAGAUGCAUCAAAGAAACAAGAAUUAAAGGGCCUCUCAUCACAUCCAUCUAUGCUCUCCUUUUAGAUUCUCUUAUUUCAGUUGGACUAGUCUCCACGGUGAUGUACAUAUCCCUCGGGUCAAUCGCUUCCUUCUUCUCCAUGGUAUUUGCCUUAGUCUUUAUAGCUUUACUAUCAAAAUACAUAGAGUGGAGUGCUGUAUGGAACAUGGGAAUUCUGAUUUCCAUUUUGGAAGAGAAACAUGGUGAUGUAGCAUUGAUAAUCUCAGCAUAUCUAAGCAGAGGUAGCAGGCAACGUGGAUUUCUUCUAAUGCUAGUGUAUUUUGUGUGGAGGUUUGCCUUAAGAUUGGGAUGCGUUUACGUGGGAUGGGACAAGGGAGGAAGUGAAGUUGCAGUCACAGUAGUGCAUGCUAGCCUUGUUUGUUUGGCCAAAAUGUGGCUGUGGCUGAUAUUCAUGGUUUACUUCUAUGAUUGUAAGAAGAAACGUCUGCAUGAAAAAAUUGAUGUGGAGGGAGGACAAUAGGAGAGUACUUGAGGGCACUAGGCAGCAUUGAUAUUGGCAUAUUGCAGUCGAGCCCUUGUCCCUUUUGGCACCAUUUUCAUUGCUGUAAUGGCCAAACUUCCUUUUCUUUUGUUGGCCAGCCAAGGCUGGUGGGUGUCUCGCUCUGAAUAUUUCAUGGCAUGGAUUUGAUUCCUGUUUCCUUUUGCUUCCUA